AUGCCUGAAGUUGCUGAAGUUGCACAUAUUUGUGCAUUAUUAAGAAGAAAUAUUAUUGGAUAUAAAAUUAAUAAAUUAAUCCUUCAAAAUGAUUCCCUUUUAUUUCCAAUAUUAAAACAAUCAAAUGAUCCAAUUAAAGAAUUAAAUCAAUUAAAUGAAUCAAUUGUUAAUUCUAUAAUUUAUUCAAUUGGUCGUCAUGGGAAAUACUUUUGGAUUAGAUUGAAGAAUAUCAAUAACAGUACCAAUAAUGAACAAGGAAUAUUAUUAAUGCAUUUUGGAAUGACAGGAAUGAUUAAGAUUAAAAACAUUAGUUCUCAUUUAAUAUUUAUGGAGAAUGGGGGAGAUAAAAAAGUAUUAAAAUCAAUGAAGAAUGAAGAAUUAGGAGAAGAAGAUAUUGAAGUUAAGAAAGAUGACGAAUGGCCCCCUAGAUUUACUAAAUUUGAAAUGAUAUUAGAAAAAGAAGGAAAACAAUUAGAAUUGGCAUUUACUGAUCCAAGAAGAUUAGGUAGGAUACGAUUCUUAACCGGAGAUAGUAUUGGCAAUGAUAAUGACUUACUAAAAAUGAGCCCAUUAGACGUGUUAGGUCCAGAUUAUAGUAAAAGUAGUAACAAUAAUGUCAAACAAGAUAAGUUUGAAUUUGGAGAUCCUGAUCCUGAUACUCAUGGAAGACCAAGAUUAGACAUUAAACAAUUUAAUAAAUUAGUUUUAUCCAAGAAGAAACCAAUUAAAAGCUUGUUAUUAGAUCAAACUUGUUUUGCUGGUGUUGGGAAUUGGGUAGCUGAUGAAAUUAUAUUUCAAGCAAGAUUACAUCCAGAAGAAGUGUUAUCUAGCAAGGUACCUUAUAUUGAAGACGCGUCAAUUGAUCCUAUAGUACAAAAAUUAUAUGAUUCUAUUAUAUAUGUAUGUGAAGAAUGUGUGAGAGUUGAAGGGGAUGUAACUAAAUUCCCAAAGCAUUGGUUAAUGAUUCAUAGAUGGGGGAAAGCAAGAAAAUCUCAACCGAAACCAAAGACUGGGGAUGGUUAUACUGUUGAUCAUAUUACAGUUGGUGGAAGGACUAGUUGUUAUUGUCCUGAAAUACAAAAGUUACUCCCUAAAUUGAAGCAUGAAGAAGAAGAGCAAACGUCAACCUCAUCUCCACAACCAAAAACAAUAAAGAGGAGAAGAAUCAAGAAAGAAUGA